CGAGCGGGAAGGAGGCGUCGGUCGAAUUUCUGCUUGCCAGCCGGCGAGACUUCAAGAGUGGCCCUUCCUGAGCUUGCAGCCCCACAGAGCGCGGCCUCCGCUGCAGUCGGCACCCCUGCCCCCGGGGGACCAUGGGCCGGAUCUCGGGGCUCGUGCCCUCUCGCUUCCUGACGCUCCUGGCGCAUCUGGUGGUCGUCAUCACCUUGUUCUGGUCCCGGGACAGCAACAUCCAGGCCUGCCUGCCUCUCACGUUCACCCAGGAGGAGUAUGAGAAGCAGGACAUUCAGCUGGUGGUAGCGCUCUCCGUCACCCUGGGCCUCUUUGCUGUGGAGCUGGCGGGUUUCUUCUCUGGAGUUUCCAUGUUCAACAGCACCCAGAGCCUCAUCUCCAUUGGGGCUCACUGUACGGCAUCUGUAACCCUGUCCUUUUUCAUAUUCGAGCGUUGGGAGUGCACCACGUACUGGUACAUUUUUGUCUUCUGCAGUGCCCUCCCAGCUAUCACCGAAAUGGCAUUAUUCGUCAGCGUCUUUGGGCUGAAAAAGAAACCUUUCUGAUACCUUCAUGAUGGGAGCAUAGGAUUGAAGAUUGGAGGAUCAAGGGACCACUCACCAUUUCCGGAACAAGAGGAUGUCAGUGUUCCUGUUAGGGUAAUUAUCACGCGAGUCUGGGAUGAUCAGCGUUUUAUUUAGUGCUUUGUGAUAAAAUAUAUUUUAGAGUAAGAUCAAGACUUGGGAAACGUUUAGGGGAGAAUUGGGGUGGACAAACUACUAAAGAAACGGAAGGCUGUUUUCCAGCCUUGCAGACUGUAAGAUCCUAGGUUUCGCUUUUAUUUUGGUCAUUACGGUAGCGUCUGGCGGAAGGAAGUAGGCGGGGAUAUGUAAAUAACAAGUGCUGUCUGCCGUUAGGGUGCCAAGCUCGUGAGUGGGGCAUUCUGGGAGGGAUUAGUUUAUCUUUUUUUUGGCAGCCAAAUGGGGGGGGAAAUGUUUUUUAAUAUCUACAUACAUGUAGCAAUAGAAUGGAAGACCCUCGAUAACUUCAGGUGCUGGGGCUAGCGCGUUAUUUACUCACCCUAGACGAAAGCGGCAUCCUUGGCCUUGAGUAAGGAAUACGCAGAGUUUUGCGUUUAUCGUCAGGUGGGAUAAUCCUUACCUGUUCCUCCUGCGGGAGGGCAGAUCGGAACAUGAUGAUUGGAGUUCGGAUGAUGCGUGAUUAGCGUCUCUGUGUGGCUGGGACUUGCAACACCCCGGUCGCUCCUGUCUGAUUCUGUCUGACGAUCUGG